AUGGUGCAGUCCACCACUCUCGUAACAGCAUCCGUUGCUACCGCCGCCGCCGCCAUUGUCGGUUACGCCAUCUACUUUGACUACCAACGUCGAAACCAGGCCGAGUUCCGCCGAAACUUGAGGAGGAACGAGCGCAAGCAGGCCCGCGUCGCAAAGGAGGAGGCAGAGGCUUCUACCCAGCAACAACGUCAGAGCAUUCGCAUCAGAGUGGAGGAGGCCAAGGAGGAGGGGUUCCCUACUGGUGUUGAGGAGCGGGAAGCUUUCUUCAACGAGCAGGUCAUGGCCGGAGAGAUGCUCAGCCAAGAUCCUUCCAAGGCUCUUGAGUCUGCUUUGGCCUUCUACAAGGGUCUCAAGGUCUACCCUGCCCCCGGUGACCUGAUCCGAAUUUACGACAGCACUGUUCCCAAGCCCAUAUUAGACAUCUUGGCUGAGAUGAUCGCAUACGACUCAUCUCUCGACAUCCGAGCGCCCGCCGCUCCCGCAGGCAUCAAUCUCUCUGAUAUUCCUAACGUUGGUCUUGAUUAA